AUGCAGACGGCCCUGUUUUGCACAUACACCAAGGCUCUUUCAGAUGACUCUGCCAGCGUGAGCAGCCUCCAACCACUGUCCAAACAACUGCUUCAGGCCAGGCUGGCUGAAUUCCCCAGGGAGCCCGUUUUCACUGGCCAGGCCAAUGGCAGCGGCCAUGUUUCUGCCUUUUCAAACCAUCGAAUCAGGCAGGACCACAGGAUGCAGUUCUGCCCACAGAAGCCAGAGUCGUGCGUGGGGUCCAUUGCUUCCCUCUGCGUCAGCCCUCGAGACAGCAGGCGUCCUCAUGGCUGGGUGCUGACCGUCAUCGGCAGACGCGGCGUCCGGGCUGCCGGUGCGGCCACACGGUUUGAACACAGCGCCCUUUCCGAGGCAGCGCCACCUCCACACCUCUCGCCGAGGCGGGUCCGGUGUGGGCUCUUCUCUGCCUCCCAGUUCUCAGCAGGGCUUCGGGCUCGUUGUAACGCUGCCGGGGGCUGGCCGGCUGCCCCAGCCAGGGUCCGUACCCGGGUGGGAGCCCUGUUCCCAUCGCCAGCGGCUGCAGCUUCGGGUGGGAGAGAGGAGCGGAGGCAGUGUCAGGCGGCGUCAGAUCUCAAAUGUAAUGAUUUGAAACAUGUGGUUAACUUCCAGACCAAAUACACGCUGAUCGAUGAGCAGGACAUCCCGCUGGUGGAAAGCUACUCCUUUGAGGCCCGAAUGGAAGUGGAUGCAGAUGGAAAUGGUGCUAAGAUAUUUGCCUAUGCCUUUGACAAGAACCGAGGAAGGGGCUCUGGGAGACUCCUUCAUGAACUGCUGUGGGAGCGGCACCGGGGGGGCGUGGCCCCGGGCUUCCAGGUGGUACACCUCAACGCUGUGACUGUGGACAAUCGCCUGGACAACCUGCAGCUGGUGCCGUGGGGCUGGCGGCCCAAGGCUGAAGAGACCUCCAGCAAACAGAGGGAGCAAAGCUUGUAUUGGCUUGCAAUUCAGCAGCUGCCUACAGACCCUAUAGAAGAACAGUUUCCUGUCCUAAAUGUGACCCGGUACUAUAAUGCCAAUGGGGAUGUAGUGGAAGAGGAGGAGAAUUCUUGCACCUACUACGAGUGCCACUACCCUCCCUGCACGGUGAUUGAGAAGCAGCUCCGGGAGUUCAACAUCUGUGGGCGCUGCCAGGUGGCCCGGUACUGUGGCUCCCAGUGCCAGCAGAAGGACUGGCCAGCCCACAAGAAGCACUGUCGGGAGAGGAAGCGUCCCUUCCAGCAUGAGCUUGAGCCAGAGCGAUGACGGGCGGGAGAGCCGCACACACUCGCAGCCCCCGGGCUCUACCCUGGGCACAGCAGAGACAGACUGGUGGUUGAACCUGGAGGUGCCGAAAAAGCCAGCUGCGGGCCCAGGACAACCGCUGUGAGACUCCCGAUGUCACAGGCAGUCUGUGUGGUUAUAGCGCCCCUCAGUGUUCAUCUCCAGCAGAGACAACGAAGGAGGCUCCCACCAGGACGGUUCUCAUUAUUUAUAUGUUAAUAUGUUUGUAAACUCAUGUACAGUUUUUUUUGGGGGGAGGCAAUGGGAAGGGUAGAAAUUACAAAUAGAAUCAUUUGCUGUAAUCCUCGAAUGGCAAACGGUCAGGCCACGUGUCUAAAAACUGUCCUGUAGCUGAAGCUUCUCCCCUGGGCCACGGGAGCCCCAUGGAGCGCGGCCUGCACAGGAGUUGUGUCCACAAAGGCAAAGUAAAGGGGUGGAAUCAUCCGGCGUCUCGGA